AUGCCAUCUGCGAAGGCUUCAGGAUCUGACGCCAAUGGUGCGGGCUCCGCGAGAUCGCGCGACCACAAGCAGGGCAACCAGAACGCCACCUGGACACCCGAACAGGAGGCCGCUGCCCUGCGAAUCAAAAAAUGCUCGGCAAGCGCCUUUUACGAGAUUCUAGCUAUCGAGAAAACUGCAAAGGCGGCACAGAUCAAGAAGGCGUAUUAUAAACAAAGUCUGUUAUCACAUCCGGACAAGAACAAACACCCAGACGCGGCGGAAGCAUUUAAGAAGGUUGCAUACGCAUUCGAGAUCCUCAAUGAUGACAGUAAGAGGAACAUAUACGAUCAGACCGGAGUCGACCCCAACGCCAAACACGCCCCUGGUCCAUCGGCGGGUUCUGGAUUCGGCGGUGGGGGACGGGGAGGAGGUGCUCAGUAUGCCACAGAAAUCUCCCCAGAAGAAUUGUUCGCUCGCUUUUUCAACGGAGGCUUUGGAGGAAUGGGUGGUGGUAGCCCGUUCGAUGGGGGAUUUGGUGGUCCCCAGUUUGUGUUCAAUAUGGGAGGAGGCGGUCCGGGCAUUCGUAUGCAUCAAUUUGGAGGAGGCGUCCCCCGCCGCAGACCUCGCCCAACCGCUAGCGGACAGUCCGAGCCUCCAGUUGAUGGCUGGGGUCUUGUUCGCCAACUACUACCUCUCCUCCUCCUUUUCGUUCUUCCUCUUCUUUCCUCUCUCUUCUCUGGUCCUUCAACCUCGGCCGGUCCGACAUACCGAUUCGGCAAUCCUUUGACCCCGCACACCAUGGGCCGCACAACGCCCAAGCUUGACCUCAGGUACUAUGUCAAUCCGGUCGAUGUGGAGGACUUUAGUCAACGGAAAUUCCGUCAGCUCGAUCAGCGCGUGGAACUGGACUAUGUGUCAUCACUCAAGUAUGACUGUGACCGCGAGGUCAACGCCCGCGAGCGGAUGAUCCAGGAAGCCCAGGGGUGGUUUUUCCCGGAUAUCGAGAAGAUGAAGGAAGCGCGGGCUAUGGAAUUGACGCACUGCCGGAUGUUAGACUCGCUCAGGGGGAAGUACUGA